AUGGCCUCCUCCAAUACAAGCAUCGAUCUAUCAUCUAUCUUUGCUCCGGUAUUCUGGGGAUUUGUUAUCUCACUUUUGUUUGGUGGAAUGACUAUUGUUCAAGCUUACAACUAUUUCUCCAAGUAUCCGAAUGAUAGAUUCAGAGUCCGUUUCGCCGCCGCCUCCAUGCUGGUUUUAGAUUUGCUAUCGUCAGCACUUGUGGCCUACUCUGUCUACUAUUACUUGGUACCGCAAUUUGGAGACUUACUUCCACUUAGUACCGCUACAUCGGAAAUGUCGAUCGAAUGCUUGAUAUCGACGGGGAUUACCCUAACCUCCCAGUUAUAUUUUGCGCACCAAUUAAUUAGCGUCAAACGAUCCGGGAGGGGGAACUGGGUUAUCAUAGGAAUAAUCGUCGUACUUGCAAUCCUUGGUUUCGGAUGUACGGUCGCCAUGUUGGUAUUUCGUCACAACGUGUUGGUGGACCGUAACAGAACUUUCGAGGUUUUCUUCGGAGUCGCGAAAGCACUUGGAGCUAUCACAGAUAUUUUGGCCACAGGUGCUCUCUGUGCUUUUUUGACAUCGGCAAAGACGGGAAUGAGACAGACCAAUCGGCUCAUUGAUUCGUUGAUGAAAUUCAUCGUCCAUCGCGGUGCCCUCGUCGCUUCAAUGCAAACCCUUCUUCUCAUAUCAUUUUAUGCUUUCCCAACGAGACUUCAUUGGCUCGCCUUUCACUUCAACGUCACGAAGUUAUAUGUCAACACUUUCUUCGCUAUGCUGAACGCCAGGGAAGGUCUCAAAGAAAAGCAUCUGUCAAGAACCGCAAAUAGCGCCCUAUUUUCCGACGAUACUACCGUUUCAAAGGACCGCUAUCGAACGAAACUGGCUAAUAUCAACGACCCAGAGCAACAUCUUGUCCAUAACGUCGGAUCAUUUUCAAGUCAGGAAGACCGCGAAAAACCUCUUGAGAUGCCUACGGUCACGAAAACCGUCGUCGUCGCUAAUCUUUGA